CCACUCCCUUUUCUUUUGUGGUUGUCUUGUGAGUUGUGACAGAUAACAUUAACAUUUCCUUGUGUGCUGACUAUGUUGAAAUUUGUUUAAUUUUGUGAUACAAGUCAUCACAUUCACAUUUCGUCGCGAUGAUUCUUCUGGAAAUAAAUAACAAAAUUGUUGAAGAUACCCUUACAGUUAAAAUAAAAAAUUCGCUUGCCGGAAAUAAACCGGAUUCCGUAAAUGUAGUCAUUGCUGAUUUCGAUGGGGUUCUUUUUCAUAUUGCCAACCCUGAUUCUGAUAAAUCCAAAGUUCGAGUUAGCAUUUCACUGAAAUUCUAUAAAGACCUUCAGGAACAUGGUGCUGAUGAGUUACUAAAAAGAGAAUAUGGGAACCUACUAUGUCAAGCUGAAGAUGGGUACAAUAUUUCCCUUGUUUUGGAUUUGGAUAACAUACCUGGCAAUUGGGAAGAAAUAGUAAAAAAAAUUGGACUGCUGAAAAGAAAUUGCUUUGCAUCUGUUUUUGAGAAGUAUUUUGAAUUUCAGGAAAAGGGUGAAGAAGGGCACAAGAGAGCAGUUAUCAAUUAUCGUGAUGAAGAGACAUUGUACAUAGAAGCUAAGGCAGACAGAGUAACAGUAGUGUUCAGCACUGUAUUCCGUGAUGAGGAUGAUAUUGUGUUAGGUAAAGUUUUCUUACAAGAACUUCGCGAAGGUCGCCGAGCUUCUCACACUGCCCCACAAGUUCUUUUUUCUCACCGAGAACCUCCUCUGGAACUUCAAAGUACAAAUGCUAAAAUUGGUGACAAUAUUGGAUACAUUACAUUUGUCUUGUUUCCACGGCAUACGAACAAAAACGUCCGCGAAAAUACCAUUAAUUUGAUUCAUCUCUUCCGUGACUAUUUGCACUACCACAUCAAAUGUAGCAAAGCCUACAUUCAUUCACGCAUGAGAGCCAAAACUUCUGAUUUUUUGAAAGUAUUAAACCGAGCUCGACCUGAACCAAAAACGGUGGAAAAGAAAACGAUCACCGGCCGUACUUUCAUUCGUACUCCAUGAUGUUUAAAUGCACAUUUUCCCUGUUUACCUAAUUAGGAUUUCUUCAUUGAUUAAAUUGUAACGCUUAGUUUCACAUUGAUAAUUCAAUAAUACACUAGCUUCUCAUUAA